AUGUCUGCAACAAAGCCAUCGCGAAAUAAAAACACAAAAAUCGAGAGCCGUGCAAGGAUAGACGGUUCACUUUACAAAAAACUGAAAAUUACGCAAAAAGCUUUAGGGUAUGCCAACCUAUCGGACUUUAUUCAAUUUUUAUUAAAUGAGUUUUCAAAAGAGGAACAAGUUGUAAUUCAGGAUGAAUCUUUCCAAACAGAAUCGUUUUGGUCUCAAGUUAUUCAGACACUUCUCCAGAACGGUGUGUUGACCCCAGAGUCUCUUGUAAACGGCGUCUCAACAGACCCAUACAUAUUCCAACAAAUUAUACAACUCUUCCAAGGUCAACAAAUUCAACAACUUCAGGAAACACAAAUACCACUCGACGUUACACCUCCGACACACGUCGAGUGUCACUGUGCUUCUGAUUGCAAAUGUCGGGCAGCAAACUACACACUCAGCGAUUGCAUUUCGAUGACAUGUCAAUCGGACUGUUGCACAAUUUCUUCAUAUGUUGAUGACGAGAAUAAAGUGAAAUUUGUUUGUUCGUGUUGUGCUGGGCAUUUCCUGGAACCACUCGAAACUAUAAACUGA